CUCCCUCGCUUUCCUUCUCUUGUGUUGUGUGUAUAUAAAGAGCCACACUCACACCACCACCAAACCAACAAGGCUACAGCAACGACAACAACAACAACAACAACUUCUCUUCUUCCCUCUCAGACUCUCUCUCUCCUUACCACUGUUUCAUGCAAAACCAUUUCUAGGGUUUUCGGUUUUCUCGCCAUUCUUCAAUUCUCGCACUCCGACACCGCUUCGCCAUGGCAUUUCCGAACAAGAAGCUCAUCGACGACCCCAAUGAUGUUGUGACUGAAUUCAUUGAAGGUCUUGUGGAGACAUAUUCCGGACUACAGUAUUUAGAUGGCUUUCCUCUGGUGAAGGUUGUCUUACGUGCAGAUGUUUCAGCUGCAACAUAUGAUAAAGUUGCAAUCGUAUCAGGGGGAGGAAGUGGCCAUGAGCCUGCCCAUGCUGGAUUUGUCGGAGAAGGAAUGCUUACAGCAGCAAUAUGUGGAGAUAUAUUUUCUUCUCCACCUGUUGACUCAAUUCUAGCUGGGAUACGAGCUGUAACUGGUCCUAAGGGAUGUCUUUUGAUUGUAAAGAACUAUACUGGUGAUCGUUUGAACUUUGGCUUGGCUGCUGAGAUAGCAAAAUCUGAAGGUUAUAAAGUUGAGACUGUUAUUGUUGGGGAUGAUUGUGCACUACCUCCACCUCGAGGGAUUGCGGGAAGAAGAGGUUUGGCAGGGACUAUUCUGGUUCACAAGGUUGCAGGAGCUGCUGCUGCUGGUGGUCUUUCUCUUGCUGAUGUUGCUGCUGAAGCAAAACAUGCAUCUGAAAUAGUGGGAACAAUGGGUGUUGCUUUGACUGUGUGCUCAAUUCCUGGUCAAGUUGCAUCAGAUCGUUUGGGGCCAGGAAAGAUGGAACUUGGUCUUGGAAUUCAUGGAGAACCUGGGGCAGCUGUGGCUGAUAUUCAGCCCGUAAAUGUGGUGGUUUCUCAUGUUCUACAGCAAAUAUUGUCCACGGAAACAAACUAUGUACCGAUAACUCGAGGAGAAAGAGUGGUCCUUAUGGUCAAUGGGUUAGGUGCCACUCCUACAAUGGAACUAAUGAUUAUAGCUGGAAAAACAGUUCCAAAAUUACAGCUAGAACAUGGAUUGGCUGUUGAUAGAGUUUAUACAGGGUCAUUUAUGACUUCUCUUGAUAUGGCAGGUUUCUCAAUUUCUAUUAUGAAGGCUGAUCCAGUUAUUCUUCAACGAUUAGAUGCUCCAACUAAAGCUCCUUAUUGGCCUGUUGCUGCUGAUGGUAAUCACCCGCCUGCUAAGAUUCCUGUUCCAAUUCCAGCAUCUCGAUCAGCAAAGACUGAUGAGCCACGAAGUCAGCCAUUACAACUAAAUGAGCAAGGCCAAAUUCUUGAGGUAGCCAUUGAAGCUGCUGCAAAUGCAAUUAUAAAUCUGAAGGACAAUUUAAAUGAAUGGGAUGGUAAAGUUGGUGAUGGUGACUGUGGAUCAACUAUGUAUAGAGGUGCAAAAGCAAUUCUUGAGGACAUCAAAAAUUACCCUCUAAAUGAUGCUGCAGAAACUGUCGGUGAAAUUGGUUCAUCAAUUGGAAGAUCCAUGGGAGGAACAAGUGGGAUCAUAUAUACUAUAUUUUUUAAGGCAGCACAUUCGGUGCUAAAAGCAAGUUCCCAUUCUGGUGUCACUUCAAAACAAUGGGCUGAAGCACUCGCAGUUUCCAUUGCUGCUGUAAGUAAAUAUGGGGGGGCUAGUGCUGGAUAUAGAACAUUGUUAGAUGCCCUUAUCCCAGCAUCGUUGGUUCUUGAAGAGAAAUUAAAUUCUGGAGUUGAUCCUUGCAUCGCAUUUGUUCUCUCCUCUGAAGCUGCAUUGGCUGGAGCUCAGUCAACGGUAGACAUGCAAGCACAGGCUGGACGUUCGACUUACUUUUCUGGAGAGAUUCUUUCAACAGUUCCUGAUCCUGGUGCUAUGGCUGCCGCUACAUGGUACAGAGCCGCGGCCUUAGCUGUGAAGGCCAAAUACCAGAGCUAAGCUAUAUACUUGAAAUGUCCUGUUUGUGCGGAUAUACCCAAGUUUUGUUCCAAAUUUUGUACUCUCCUGUAACCAUUUAAGGCUCUCCGCUUAUGUCUUUCAUGCAUAAAGCUGAGAGAGCAAUUCCCAGUCACUUUCAUAUACGCCAAAAAUUUAAAAGUGGAUGUAAAUUUGAAACUUUAUUACUACAAUCGACAAUAAUGUCAGUCUCAAUUUGAGCUCAUGAUUGUAAUC